GUGCAAUAUUCGUGGUAGAGGGCAAUGGACACGCAUAUCCCGAUGGAUGAACGGGAAGCACGAUAUUAGGCUCGCGCUUCGCUGGAUAACCGUGCGACGCCGAUAAAGGCGUGCGGGGAGGGGAGCAGCCGUUUCGUGGAAACGAAGCCGAAGGGGGAUCGAAGGGCGGCCGACACGGCAAUAAACAAUUACUUAAGGCAGUGUUACGCGCGCGGCACACCCACGCAUUAGCCCAAGUAGAAUGCCGCACCCAUCCGCGAUCGUGGGCUUGGUUCCUCCAUUAGUACACCGCGCGGAUGUGUAUGAUGGAACACAGGUUGUCAGGGGGGCCAGGUGGAAGGAAGGAAGGAAGGAAGGAAGGAAUGUGCGACGAGUCGUGACCGGCGGAAGGCGGCCAGCCGACGAUACAUUUCCGGCAGGCCAUUGGAGAGCAAGUUUGCCCCUUGCCCGUGGACAAUACUGUGGGCGAGGACCGCUCGUUACACGCUACAUGGCCACGAAGGAUAUGGACAGACGAGCGGCCGCCGAGCAGUUGGCAUUCGUGACACGCACCAUCGAUGACACGAACCGCCAUGGGAUCCGGCCGAAUUACGAUUCUCCGUGGGCGCAUUUAUGCCCCGGAAUCGAUGACGAGCCACCACCACCGUGUUUAAGGCGUACGUGUCGAAACGCUCGGGUCGGGAUACGUCGUUCUUGUUGGAAUUUUCGAAUCGAAGCAAGGGUGGAGAGGAGGAGGGGGAUUGAAUAGAUUCCAAGGGACGAUUACACGAUAUGGAAUCCCUUUAGAUUUGCCUUGAUGCAAAGCAACGAGUCGAUCAACGAGUUUGAUCUUGUUGUGGAACAUUUCCAUUUUCGUCACAAUGAUUGACCUCGAUGAAGAAACGCGCGCAACGAAGAGGUGAAGCGAGGAAAGAAGUUAUUUCGAAAAUAGCCGGAAAUAGGAUUUCGAAUAAAUUGUGGUUAAUCGAACGUGGUUCCUCAUCUGAAUCAUGCAUGAGAAUAUUUCAAACGGUUCAUUGGAACGAUUCAAUCUUGCGAAAAAAGGAAUCCGUCCGUGGCCUGUUAUAAAUAUCAUUUUUUGAGGUUAGGCCAAGAGUAAUGCUUCGCGAUGAAAAUAAUAAAAUUUUCGAAAUUUUUUUCUGUAUAUCUAAAUGGAAAUAUUUUUCGAAAAUUGUUAUUCAUCCAAUUGGAAAUCUCCUUUAUCCGUAUAAAAUAAACAUUUUCAUAUAUACGGUAGCUCCAUUUUGAAAAUUACACUCCAUCAAUUGUGACGCAUUCGUAAAAAAUUUUACGUUUGCAACGUUGAAUUUUAUCAUUCGUUAAAUUCUGUGUAAACGAAAAAAAACACACUCGUACGUUGAAAAGUUGGGUUUCGAAUUAUAACCCCUUUUUAUCAAGAGAUUCGAGAUGAAAAUUCCCGUCCGAUAGAUAUCGAACAAAGUAAUAAAAUUUAUAUCCACGUAACACGUACCUGAUACGUAUUCAUAAUGCAGUAAACUCUAUUAUGCUGUCUACCCUCGUUGCAGUUCAUUAUUGACAUAUAAUCAAUGAUCUACGAUGACAUAGAUACGUACGAACGUAUUACACAAGCUGUAACUAUAGGAAUAUUGCUGUUCGUGCGAAGAGGAAGAGAAUAUAAUAAAACGAGAUCACUUUCAAGUUUAUUCAAAUUGAUAAAAUACGAAAUUGUUGAGUUAAUCCUUCAAUUUUAAACGCGCGAUUAUCUGUAUCCGUGAAAUGAUAAAGAAAAAAAAA